CCAUCAUUGUUUGGGAUCUUGGCGCUGGGGAAUCUUGGACGCCCGCAAGGCUCACGCUAUCUUGGAAAAAAAAAGGGGGAGAAUAAAUAAAAAAUCUCCCUUCUUCUUCUACCCCGUUUUCAUCCGCUACUCUCUCUCCCUGUCUUCUUCUUGGAAGCCGAUUGUUCUCUCGUCGGAGCUUGUCUGUCAAAGACUUGUUUGAGCACACUAUGUCAGACAUGAAGGCUGCUGAAGCCAAUGAGCAGUUAUGUACAGAUAGCAGUGUCAAAGAGAUGGUUGAUGAUGAUGCUUCCGCCAUGGACCCUGAAAUUUUGGACCAAAAUGAGGGGAAUGCCAUGCCGUCAUCCCAAGACGAGGAGGAAACAAUAAAGAAGAAAUAUGGAGGAAUUUUACCCAAAAAACCACCACUCAUAUCCAAGGACCAUGAACGUGCUUACUUUGAUUCUGCUGAUUGGGCUUUAGGAAAGCAAGGAGGGCAACCUCACAAGCCUAAAGGACCCCUUGAGGCACUUCGGCCUAAAUUGCAGCCUACACCUCAACAACAAGUUCGUUCCCGCUCAGUCUAUGCAUCUACGGAGAAUGAAGAUGGUGGUAAUGCUGCUUCUGAGGAUGUGAACAACAAUAACAGCACCAACAAUGAGACCAGCAACAACCCGUAAUUGCAUGUUAUUGAGUCUUGGUGUUGGUGAGCUUUCUGCUUUACUAGCUCUAUUCUUGCAAAAUGCGAUAAGUCCAUAUGGAGCUUCUAGGAAUAAGUGAUAUAAUGUUUUCCCAUGAGCAGUUAAUGCUGCAAUGUUGAUUGCAGCCAAGACUUGUGGUACUAGACUUGCAGCAUGCAGGAUUUUUGUAGGCACGGAACGUAUUAUCUCAUAUAAUAAAUUCCAUGGACGGGUUGGCAUUAAGUGCAUCCUUCCCUCUUUGUGAUCA